AUGGAUCCCUUUUCAGCAGAUGGUGAACUCCUCAACAUCCACACCUCCUUCCUCCGCGGCGCCUACUCCUCCGUCAUCUCCUUCGACCUCACCCCCCUCUCCGCCUCCUCAAAAUCCGCCGCAAAAAUCCUCCAAUACCGCGCCCGAUUAGCCAGCGGCGAAGCCUCUUCCGUCCUCUCUGAACUCAAAAGCUCCACCGAUGAUGAAGCAUCUGCCGUCAAAGCCCUCGCUCUCUAUACGUCAGAGAAGCAAGAAGAGGCACUAGCAGCAGCGGAGGAACUCGCAGAGAAUGAAGACGCAGCAGGAAAUGCCACAGUCCAACUACUCGGUGGCAUUGUGUUAUAUGGGAGUGGAAAGGUAGAGGAAGCGUUGGCGUUGGCGGAGAAGCAUGAGGGAAGCUUGGAGGUAGUCGCACUCAUAGUCCAGAUCCACCUCCAACAGAACCGUGUCGAUCUCGCCAUCAAAGAAGUACAAGCAGCAAGGAAAUGGGCGCAGGACAGUCUACUAGUGAACAUUGCAGAAAGCUGGGUGGGCUUGAGAGUCGGCGGCGACCGCUACCAAUCCGCCUUCUACGUCUUCGAAGAGAUGGCUCAAGCGCCCGACGCCUCUGGCUCCAAAUCCCUCGUCUCACAAGCCGUAUGCGAAAUGCACCUCGGUCGGCUGGACGAAGCGAAAGCCGCUUUGGACGACGCACUACAGCGAGACGAGAAUGACGCUGAUGCUAUCGCUAAUUCGAUUGUUUGGGAGAUUUUGAGCGGGAAUAGCGGGAAGGGGGAAGAUGGGCGGUUGAAAGAGAGGCUGGGAGAGCUGGGGGUGUUGGGUGAGGGGGGUGGGAGACAUCCGAUGUUGGUGGAUUUGGAGGAGAAGGAGAGUUUGUUUGAUAUGGCGGCGGGGAAGUAUCAGGCCAAGGUCGCGAGUUGA